CGGAGCCCGGGCUGAACAGCUGCUUCCUGGUUCUCCACGUGCUGCCAGCAGCGCUGGAGCUGCCCGAGCCGGAGCGGAGCCGCUGUUCUCAGCUGCAGCCAGGAUCUGCCCCCGGCCCCGCUGGGAUCCAGACAGGCUGCAGAAUGUUUUGCUCCAGCUCAUCCCAGCCUGGCGUGGGACAGGGAAGAGAAAUGGCUGCAGUGGAGUCAGUCCAGGGGCUGGUGACCUUCAAGGAGAUGGCUAUGUAUUUCACCAGGGAAGAGUGGGCUCUGCUGGACCCCACUCAGAGAGCCCUCUACUGGGAUGUCAUGCAGGAGAACUAUGAGACUGUGACCUCGCUGGGCCAGAGAAUAACAUCCAUGUUUCGCUGCAGAUCAUCUCGUCCUCCCAGGGGCAAGGAAAUGGCUGCAAUGGAGCUGGCUCAGGGGCCGGUGACCUUCGAGGAGGUGGCUGUGUAUUUCUCCAGGGAAGAGGGGACUCUGCUGGACCCCACUCAGAGAGCCCUCUACAGAGAUGUCAUGCAGGGGAACUAUGAGACGAUGGUCUUGCUGGGUAAGGAUUCCUGUCCCUUCUGUUCUUGGAAGGGGAAAUGAAGAGUGAAGG